AUGGUUGAUUUGCUGCUUCAUGAUGAAAUAGGGACAGUAUUAUUGGGUUUAAGGGUUUAUAUUCAGUAUUUGAGCACAGGAUUGUUAGCUAGAAACUGGAAGAGUUUGAACGAAGCCCAAAAUAAAUUCAAUAAAGUUGUUGAGCGAAAAGGCGUUAAUGGAGGCCAGAGUACCAAAAGUAGCACAGAAUCAGAAGUGGGAGAGUUGGAUAUGUCUGACAAAGAAAAUUUUGAGCGAGAUAGAAACGAGGAUCAUAUGAGUUAUUCAUCUACUAUGCCCUCGGAUUGGAGAUUUGGGGUUCCUAAUCUUGCAAAUACAUCAGUGGGUUUGGUGGACUCAUAUGUUCCAAGCUUCUGGGAUCAUCCCAUCAGUUCCCAAAACUUGGGGUCAUGCGACGUCAAUGUGCAGAACAAUGUUAGCUCCUCAAGCUCAACUGGAAAUAGAAAAGAUGGCCUUGCCUUAGCUGGUAAUGAUAGAACACUUGAAAUGGGUUGGAAUCCAACAAGUUUUAUUUUAAAAGGGGAUGCUUUCGCACCAGACAGACCAACAAUUUUCCCGCACAGUUUGUCUCAGAUUCCCACUGAUUCUGCUUUUAUUGAGCGAGCUGCUAGAUUCUCAUGCUUCGGUCAGUUCAGUGGAGGGAAUUUUGGUAGUAUGGUGAACUCAUUUGGGAUUCCUCAAUCCAUGGGUCUGUAUGCUGGACGGGAUGCUCUCGCAGGCCAUGGCUUGAAAUCAGCUCAUGGAUCACGAUCUCAAGAAAGUGCUCAGGAUGUAGGUGAAGCUGCAAAAGAUGUGUCUCCAUCUAUUCAGAAUUUGGCCGCUAAAGGAAGUCCACUUAACAAUGACAAGAGAAGUGAAAUCCUAGUGACAUCUCAGGAUGAAGCAAAACAGACUCUUGGCAGGUCUACUAAUGAGUCUGAUAGAGCAGAAUCCAGUGGUGAUGAUGAUGCUGGUGGUCAAAAUGAUAUGCCUAUGUUGGAGGGUACAAGUGGGGAGCCUUCUAACAAAGGACUAAACGCAAAGAAAAGGAAAAGAAGUGGGCAGGAUUCUGAUAAUGAAAAAGCCAACGGAGGUUCUGAACCACCGAGUGAGGCUCCAAUAGACAAUUCUGAGAGCCGACAGAAGGGAGACCAGCAACCAACUUCAACAACCAACCCUUCUGUGAAGAAUACCAAACAGGGGUCUCAAGCUUCUGACCCAACAAAGGAGGAAUACAUACAUGUUAGGGCUCGCAGGGGUCAAGCAACGAAUAGCCAUAGCCUUGCAGAGAGAGUUAGGAGGGAAAAGAUCAGCGAAAGGAUGAAAUUUCUUCAAGACCUUGUGCCUGGAUGCAGCAAGGUGACUGGCAAGGCGGUUAUGCUAGAUGAAAUCAUUAACUAUGUACAAUCACUUCAACGACAGGUUGAGUUUUUGUCAAUGAAACUUGCAACCGUAAAUUCACGGCUGGAUUUUAAUCUUGAAGGACUUAUUGCCAAAGAUAUGCUUUUGCAACGGCCAGGCCCCUCAUCUGCGUUGAGGUUUUCUCCAGAAAUGCCUUUGGUUUUUCCCCCUUUACAUCCAUCUCAACCAGGCCUUCUACAGUCAAAUCUUCCUGGCAUAGCGAACUCAUCUGAUGUACUACGAAGAACCAUUCGUCCACAGUUGGCUCCAAUGGUUGGAGGAUUCAAGGAUCCUAAUCAGCUACCUGAGAUGUGGGAGGAUGAACUGCACAAUGUUGUACAGAUGAGCUACGCACCAACUGCUCCACUGAGUAGUCAAGACGAGGAUGGUAAUGCACAAGCAGGUGAGAUGAAAGUUGAACGAUGAUGUUCAGUUUUACAAUGCCCCUCUAUUACAAUGUGUAGUCAGAUGGAACUUGACAGUUUUUCCUCUGACUUGCCAAAGAUGGAAGGCAAAGCCAAGUUCAGGUUUAGAGGAAGUAGAGAAGUAUUCAUAGGUCGUCUUCUAAUUUCUUGGAAGCAUGAAAAGUACAUAUAGAGCAUAUAUGUUUACAAGUGUUAGUGCCUCCAUAGAAGCAGGUUUUGCUCACUAAAUAUAUAUGCAUUUGGAUUCAAGAAUGUAAAGAUGGAAAGUCAGUUAGAUUGCAAGUAGUGCUAACUUCAAAAGCUUUGCCUUGUAAAUGCCAAAACCUCGCGGAACUAGCAUCUGGAAGUUUAAAAAGCGAAUGUGAAUGAGAUAUCUGGAUCCCAUAAAAGUGAGGUUUUAGCACUCCAUUCUGUUUUUCUCUCUCAGGUUUAAAAUUUCUAGUGAAACACAUGUAUCUUCAAAAUCUGGCCAUGGUUUUGAUU